AUGUCGCUGGUUAAUAGUUCGGCACUGAAGUUGAACACUGUUGACUCUGUACACCAGGAUGACAUCUUUGUGCACGCACAGUUACAGUACCUAGGCUCCGGAAAUGGUGGACACUCAGUACGGACUCACAGAAAUAUUCGGACCGCGGUCGAGUAUCUGAAAGGCCGGCGAGCCGCACGAAACUUCGUGAAGGCAUGUUGGGAGAGGGCCUUGGCGAUCUCCCCGCAAGCGUUUAUUUUCCUGAGUGCCUCAUUCACGCAUCACCGCCUGUUAAGGAGAGGACAAUACGCCUGCCAACAUCUGACCGAUCUCCUGAAGCGAGAUCAGAGUAAGAUUGACCAGCACGCAGAGUUAUCAUCUCUCAGCGCACAGUAUUUGAAUGACCUUAAACAGCUAGCUCAGGCUGACAUGUUUGACAAUCCAAAACGCACCAGGCGGUUACAUCGACAAGCGCCCCGGACAAAGAACCCCACAAGGGCUCAAGAAGAGCUGUCGGCGCCAUAUGAGCCACCUACACAUCAUGAUGAGCCUGCUGUUUCAACAUGGCUGGACUACUUCCACAAGGAGCCAGCGUUUCUGAUACAUCUGGACCCUGCUUUGGACUUCUCGAAACUGAAACUACUGACAUCUGCCACUGAAGAUCUGCAUACUUUUUGGAAGACACACACGACGUGUCUACCUACGAUUGUGCCGGCAGCAGCAUGCUGGCGGGAAACGCCGCCAACGUUUGAACAGCUCUGGGUCGAAACGUUGAAGAUCAAAGCAAAUAAUCAUCGGGUCUACGAACAGGGCGAACAGUCAACCAAUGCUGCGCUUGCGUUCUGUCAGAUGGCGAGACCGAAUCACGACAAUCCUAUUUGCAUUAUUGGGAUGGAGCCUCCUGCAUUGGUCCGAUUCCGAACGUUCGGGGGCUGUGCUCAACUUCAUCAGCGAGUGACAACGCACUUGGAACAACGCAUGGUGUUCAAUAUGACGCCAAAAUUCUCGUUCGUCGACUUGCAUAUAGACUAUGGCAAAGAUGGUAUCUCUGCUACCUUACACGAAUGCGAAAAGGUGUGGGUGAUGUAUCCUCCGACGCCUCACAACCUGCAGUGGAUGGCCGAGCACAGGGGCCAACAAGCCAAACUGAGACAGGGCAUGGCGGUCUUGGAAGGGGGUGUGGUUGCGCACACGACUUCGGCGGAAGCGGUCUACUUACCGGCGGUAUGCCUGCAUGCUGUCUUCACCGUUGCCGGUGGGUUCCUGGUCUCGAUCGAUUGUACCACUCAGAGGUCAGUAUGGCCGUUUGCACAAUACCUCCGAUACAACAUGCAAGCGGAGCUGGAAGCCAACGAGCAGCGAAACUGCUAUUUCUUCUUCCUGGAUUCUCUCGACGUGGCGUUGCAGAAUGCCGGGGCGAGGGAUGCCUUGCGUGCAUGGGUCUCGGUAGAAAAUCUCCUCCAAAUGAAGAGAAAGAAAGACCGAGGGUGGGUUCGUGCGGCACGAAAGGUAUGGGAGGACUACCUGAAGGCUGACCCGAUUAUUGAUGUUGAAUGUCCCUGCCAGGGCGCAAUCAGCCCCUCCUUUCUUGAGCAUCUGAAGGACCGGCAUUUACGUUGGCUAUUCAAUGAUACUGCUGAGGGCCCUACCAAACCCAAUUCGAGUGCCGAAUCUGGGUCCAGGAACAUCAGGGGAGGUUCCGCCACCGGAAUAAGACGAAUUUCACGUGGAUGA